AUGUUUUGGAUAAUUUUUUUAUUUUUAAACGUUGUUGCAACUGAUAAUUCACAAGAAAAAUUUAAACAAUGUAAUAAUCAACAAUGUAUUUUAAUACAAUGUUAUUUUCCCGUUCCCGAAUUUUUAAACGCAACACGAAAUGAAAUAAAAUUAUUUGAAAAUUUUCUUGAUCAACAUCAUAUAUUUAUCAGCUAUUAUUUAUGUAAUGAUCUAACAAUAGAUAAUAUAGAUGAAGUAGGUGCAUGUAUUUAUGGUGUACUUUUUAAACUCUAUCAAUUUGAUGCUAAUUUAACAAUUCAUCAACGUAUACAAGUUCAAUCAGCACAAAUACAAGAAGAAUCAGUAGCUGUUGUUAUGGAUAUGUUAUCAACUAUUCUCUAUCGGAUUCAAUCGAUAAAUGAUACGAAUAAAUUAAAGAAUAUAAUGUCAAAAUCAAACGAUGAAGAUAUUGUUGUUAUUAAUGCUCAAUCUCUUACAGCUCAAGUACAUUUUACCGUUAGUCGAACAAUUUUGAACUAUGGACAAUGGUUUACUUUUAUUUAUUCUAUUGAUAAAAAUAAUAAAGAAACAAUUGAUUGUUUAUAUCAAAUUUAUCCAUUCGAUAGUAAUGUUAUUUCAUCACAAUGUCUCAUAGAAAAUAACAUUCGAAUGAUAUUAGAACAGCGCAUAGGAGCUAGAAAAGAUCGAUUGAAUAUUAUUAACUCAUUUUCUGAUCUAACUCAUGUCAAUGUAUUUCAACGAACUUUAUCAACAUUAUUUUAUAUACAUACAAAUUCGACUUUUACUUUAAUAUCAAAUAAAAAUAUGACUAUCAUUCCCAAUAUAUUUCAACGUCUUGGUGAUCAACCUUCGAAUGAACUUCUUGAUAUUCUCAUACAAGAAGAACAAAAGCAACAUUUAGAAAAUAUAUAUGGCAUGUUCGAUGAUGAAGUACGAUAUAUAGCUGAUGCUUACGAUGAAAUUGAAAUAGAUCCAAAUGUUUUAUUUCUUAAAAAUCAAGAAGACUAUUAUCGUAGUCAAGAAAAACAUUUAAAAAAUGCUAUUCUUUUUACUGUUAAAUGGGAUUCAACAUCAAAAUUAGCUCGAAAAACAUUUCAUCAAUUAGCAUUAUAUCUUCAUAAUUAUUUAUCUAUGAUAGAUAUUGAUUGUUUCGAUUGGACUGAUAUAUGUAAUGAAGAAAAUAUUUUUGAAUGGCCAACAUUAAUUCUAACUGAAAAUAAAACAAUAAUGAAAAUCUAUCAAGGUAGUACAGAUAAAAAUGAAAUGGCUUUAGCUUUAUUUCGAUUUUCGGUUAAUCAACCAUAUCUAAUUGACGAUGAUUCUAGUGAAAUAUUAAUCGAAAAUAUCCUUACACAUCAACGAUUGAUUAUUCUUGCUCAAAUUCAACAUCAAGAAAAAUUUUUAUAUGAUACCUAUAAAAAUCUAGUCGAUAUGUUUUUGGAUAAUGAACAUAUCUUUUUUAUGUUUAAAUAUUCAACAGAAAGUUCUUCUCUAAUUAUUAAACAAAAGUAUGGUGAUAUUAUUUCAUUUUUACAACCGAAAACGAUUGUUCAUGCAUUAAAUGAAGAUCUUAAUCAUCUUCAAAUAUUAAUUAAUGAUGCUCUUCGAAUUCCAUUGAUUCCAUUUGAUCCUAUGGAUAUAAUUAAAUCAACACGAACAACAUUUCUAGUAGCCAGUCAUUCGCAACUUAUUCAAUUGAAUGAUUAUUUUUUAUUAAAUAAUCCAUCAACAGAGAAUCCUUUCGUUUGGAUUGAUACAAAUUCAUUAUGGGUUCUUACUAUAAAUCAAUAUGGUCAUAUUCCUUAUCCAGCUGUGAUAUAUAUUAAUUAUUCGAAUGUAAAUACGUUUAUAAAAAAUUAUUAUUUUAAUUUAAUUUUAUGGAACACACAUUAUGUUUUUUUCGAAGAAAAAUAUAGUGAGUAUGAAUUAUCAUCGAUUGAUAUAGAUGAAGGACCAUCACAAAAAGAAAUUGACUUUAAUAAGCAAACGUAUGAUGAACAAUUAAUAAAUGAAUAUCGUAUAAUUCAUGAACAAAGUGAAAAAAUUAAUGAAUAUGGAAUAGGAUUUGAUAUGAAUGGUUUUCCUGUUGACAUGAAUAAUUAG